AUGCCCCCCUAUUGCCCAGGAGAUAUUUCCACAAUCCAGGAUGUUUUUCCAUUAGAAAAUAAACCUGUUAGGGAAACUGGAAACUCAUCUCGACAGUCACCAGAAUUUUUUUCCACUAGAAAAAGCUUGGAUUCCAGUUGGGAUCAAACCCUCAGCUACAUGCACCAGGGACAGGGGCUGCAGCUACAGAAGCUUGAAGCCAGUCUCUUGACUCAGGAAAAAGGGUCUCUGAUAACCCUCUCAUGCUUUUCCCACCGGGUUGUGUGCCAAGUGAUCAGUGAUGCUGACCAAAAUAACUCUGUCCAGGACAAUGGGACUUUGGAUUACUCUUGGAUAACUCAGCUGGAAAACAAUUAUGGAUUCUACAUUGGCUUGGGCUUGGCUGUCUUCUCUAGCUUCCUCAUUGGAAGCAGCAUCAUCCUCAAGAAGAAGGGGCUUCUACGCCUGGUGGAGAAGGGAGGCACCAGGGCAGGAGAUGGAGGCCACGGCUACCUAAAGGACUGGCUCUGGUGGGCUGGCUUGAUAACUAUGGGUGGAGGGGAAGCUGCCAACUUUGCUGCCUAUGCCUUUGCUCCUGCAACUAUUGUCACACCCCUGGGGGCUCUGAGCGUUCUCAUAAGUGCCAUCCUGUCCUCCUAUUUGCUUGGAGAACGGCUCAACCUGCUGGGAAAGCUGGGCUGCAUGCUCAGCCUGGUGGGCAGCACUGUGAUGGUGAUACAUGCCCCAGAGGAUGAGGAGGUCACCACUCUAGAUGAAAUGUGCUCUAAGCUGAAAGAGCCAGGUUUCCUCGCUUAUGCUGCGAUCCUCUUGGCUCUCUGCUUCCUCCUGAUCUUCUACCUCGCACCCCAAUAUGGCCAGAGGAACAUCCUCGUCUACCUCACCAUCUGCUCUGUUAUUGGGGCCUUCUCAGUGUCCUCCGUCAAGGGCCUGGGUAUUGCCAUCAAGGGCUUCUUUGCUGGUCAGCCUGUGUUGCAGCACCCACUGACAUGGAUCCUAAUCAUCACGCUGGUGGCAUCCAUCACUACACAAAUUAACUACCUCAAUAAGUCGCUAGACAUUUUCAACACCUCUUUGGUGUUUCCCAUCUACUAUGUGCUGUUCACCACCAUCGUCAUCACAACUUCCAUCAUCCUCUUUAAGGAGUGGGUCACCAUGACUGUAGUCGACAUCAUUGGGACAGUUUGUGGCUUCCUCACCAUCAUUUUGGGGGUGUUUUUACUCCAUGCCUUCAAAGAUAUGGACGUCAGCUUAGGGAAUCUACCACAAGUCCUCCAGAGUGGACAGGAAGCACCAGUCAUCCGAGAUGACAAGAACAUCCUGAUAGAGGUGGACAAUGCCAGCAUCGCCCCGGAGGAUAAACCCAAAGUAUUCAUAAUCUACACUUGGUGGUUACAUGCAAGGGUCUAG